AUGGGGGACUCCUUAUUUGAUAUUUUUGGUGACAUGUCUAAAUCGACCAUUAAAACUAUUGCUCGUCAGCCGAUAUCGUCAAUUGAGAAUAUGGGUAAAACUGUAUCCAACGGACCUCUCAAGCCUAUGGAAUCUAAUUUACCUAUGAAGAAGGGUGAAACAAACAUCAAGAGGUCUUUCAUGUCAAACAAGGGAAAAGCCUUACAGAGUACACCAAUUCGACAGAUUUCCACACCUGGAGCUAAAGUAGAAACUAUGAUUUACAAUGACCAUGCCUACUUGGAGGAAAUAUCUUCCUUCAUGGAUAUACAGUUUACUGGAUUUUCAAAUAAAUAUGAUAACUUUCACACUGAUAUGUUAGACUAUUUACCUCUGCCCGAGUUAAACAUUCCAACAAUAGUUACUCCUCCAAAUACUCCACCUCCCGCAAUGUCUAAACCAACUAUGGAUUUAAACUGCUCCUAUCAAGAUGAUUUCUAUACAGAUGAUUUCUCCAUUGACAGCUUACCAGACCCAGAAUUGAACUUGCCGGCCAUAUUUUAA